GCCAGGUUUGCCAACUCCUGACUCUAAUUAGCUUUCAUUGACAUCAUUAGCCUAGGGGUUCACAUACUUUUUCAAACCUUCACUGUUAAUGUUUGAAUGAUGUACUCAGUAUGUACAAGAACAAUACAAUAAUUUGUGUUAUUAGUUAAAACAGAUUGUGUUUGUUCAUUGUUGUAACUUGGUCAAAUGAAAUAAUUGCUACGCGCGCACUCCUCUCGUGCACGAGCGUCAUUGACGAGCGCGCCGCAGCGGAGUUCACGCGCAUUGUCAGUGCGAUGGGAGUCCAGUGAUGACGGACCCACGGCGAAUCCUGCGACUCUUGGUCGUUUUAUCGGGGUUAAACGGAGCGUGUGACGCUUUGUUUUGUAACUGCACCUCACCACACUGUGAGAAGGAUGGCCUCAAGUGUGAGACAAACGGGGCAUGUGUGGCCUCCACAUCUAUCAUUGAUGGAGAGGAGCAGCAUGUGCGACUCUGCAUCCAGAAAGAUAAGCUGAUUCCUCCAGGCCAGCCGUUCUACUGCCUCAGUGCUGAAGGACUGAUGAACACACACUGUUGUUAUACAGAUUACUGCAACAGCAUUGUCCUCCGAAUACCAACCGUGACGAACCGUUCGGAUGCAGGCCAGGACUGGGGUCCGGUGGAGCUCACAGCUGUGGUGGCAGGUCCAGUGUUUGUGCUGUGUGUUCUGGUUCUGCUGGGGCUCUUUCUCUUCCAGCACCACCAACGGGCCUACGGUCAUCGGCAGAGGCUGGAGUUGGAGGAUCCUAGCACUGAACACAUGUUCCUGGCUAAGGACAAGACUUUACAGGACCUCAUCUACGACCUCUCCACAUCAGGAUCUGGGUCCGGUCUGCCACUAUUUGUCCAGAGAACAGUGGCGCGUACUAUAGUACUGCAGGAGAUCAUUGGUAAAGGUCGGUUUGGGGAGGUGUGGAGGGGGAAGUGGAGAGGAGGAGACGUCGCGGUGAAGAUCUUCUCUUCUCGUGAGGAACGCUCCUGGUUUCGUGAAGCUGAAAUCUACCAGACCAUCAUGCUUCGACAUGAGAACAUUCUGGGCUUCAUUGCAGCAGACAACAAAGAUAAUGGCACAUGGACUCAGUUGUGGCUGGUUUCAGACUAUCAUGAGAACGGUUCUCUGUUUGACUAUCUAAACCGAUAUUCAGUCAGCAUAGAGGGCAUGAUUAAACUGGCGCUGUCGGCUGCUAGUGGACUGGCCCACCUACAUAUGGAGAUUCUGGGCACUCAGGGGCUUGCCGUAGAAAGCAUAUGUCCAAAUGCAGCUUUCAGAAAGCCUGGCAUCGCUCACCGUGACUUGAAAUCAAAAAAUAUCCUGGUGAAGAAAAACUGUAUGUGUGCCAUCGCUGAUCUCGGACUGGCGGUUCGUCACGAGUCUGUCACAGACACCAUCGACAUCGCACCCAACCAACGCGUUGGCACUAAGAGGUAUAUGGCACCUGAGGUUCUGGAAGAGAGCAUAAACAUGCGUCACUUUGACUCGUUUAAAUGCGCUGAUAUCUACGCCCUGGGACUUGUGUACUGGGAGAUCGCUCGCCGCUGCAAUGCUGGAGGUAUUCACGAAGAGUACCAGCUGCCCUACUAUGACCUGGUGCCCUCUGACCCUUCUAUAGAUGAAAUGAGGAAGGUGGUGUGUGACCAGAGGUUACGACCCAACCUCCCCAACUGGUGGCAGAGCUAUGAGGCAUUACGCGUGAUGGGGAAGAUCAUGCGAGAGUGUUGGUAUGCCAACGGCGCGGCCCGACUGACAGCUCUCCGUAUCAAAAAAACCCUGUCUCAACUCAGCGUGGAUGAAGACGUCAAAAUCUAAACGAAAGCGCUAGCGAUAAAGACUGUAACACUCCUAGGAAAGCAAAAGUGUACAGAAACGCUACCACUCUAAACUAUCCUGCCAGUUUUAAAGUAUUUCCGUCCACUAAGCUGUGACGGAGCCUACCUCACCCCCACCGCCAAAACUACUGAAACCAACAGUACCCAAAAUCCCUUUCUGCAAGCGUCACCUCUUUCUCUUUAUAUUUCAGUCUUUAUCCUCUGAAAUGACCCACAACGAGUACUACUGACCCAGCUAAUAUCUGCAACCUUUCUUGAUUCUUUUAUUUUUUGUUUUUUUACUUUAGAUUUCUCUUCAAAUCCCCAAAGAACAUUUUUUAAACCAGGAACGCUAGUAUUGAUAGUAAUUAGUAGUAACCCUUUUAACUUCUAACCAACCGCUUGCUGAAGGCACACAGCAAAAAUUAUUUUAAGUAUUUUUGUUUUGUUUUUCAAUAAAAUAUCUAAACAUCCUUAAAACAAGAUGAAAACUUGACUUGAAAUUCAUGUUGUGUUAAUACUUGGUUUCAGAGAAUAAAUCUUGAAUUAUCCUUGAAUUAUAAUUGGCCAAUGGGCUAAAAAAUAUAUAUAAAAUAUACAGACUUAUAUUCAUAGCACCUUAAUGCAAUGCAACUUAAUGUGUUUUAAGGAAGUUUAAAUAUUUUUACUUUGAAAACCAGAAAAGAAUACUGGUUAAUUUUUUUUUAUGAUAUGAAAAUAUGUGGGUUUCAUACAUUUUCAGUCUUAGAUCUGUUAAAGGCUAGCAGACUACCUCUUUUAAGUAGUUUAGGUUUAAAUACAGGUCUGUAAACUAGUUGUGAAACCUGAUGCAGAUGAAACACACUCCAGUUUGGUGUAGGACAUCACAAACCGGUUAGGUUGAUAAACUGUGUGAAUUGGUGCAAGAAUGGCCAACAGAUCAGAAAAUGACAGUGAGGCAUGAUCACUUAUUUCCUUUUGUUAGCCGGUGUUUUUUAACCACGUAAAAGCUGUUAGCAAAAUAACCUUAUUUGCACUUUAUUAUGGUGGUUUUGUGAGCAUGAAGUGGAUUAUAGCCAUCUUGGUUUUGGAAUCACACACUAGCACAGACUUCUAUUCUUACUACUGAUUGGUACGGAGAUAUCUAUUUAUUUUAGCUUGUAGAUCAUUCAUAUUUUUUAUUGCCAUUCGAAUUUCCUCCUCUACUCCAUGGGCGACAAAGCUACUGUAUAUAGUAUAUUUUUUAAAAGUAUGGAAAUGUAAAUAGCUUACCCUUUUUUUAAUUUCCAAAUCCUUUGAGUAAGCUAAUUUAAAGUGUUGGGUUCUUCACUUGAUACGUUUGGCAGUCAGGUAUUAUGACAGGAACGGUGUAAACCGAGGUGGAACUUGUAGGGGUCACAGGUUUGGUCCGCAACACCCAGUCAGAACUCUGUAAAGUACUGGCAAAAAUUGUAUUUAUUUAUUUUGACCCAGUUUGUUUUCUUAGGCUAAAAGUGUGUUGCUGUUCACUGUAGCAUUAAAUAACACUAAAAAUGAUUUGACACUGAUAACGCACAUGUUAGCUGAGGAUUAUUGGGAAUGUUCACCCAAAAAUAAACAAUUCUGUCAUUUAUUUACUCUCAAAUCUUUUCAAACUUAUAUGACUGACUUCAGUGGAACAUGAAAGAUGUUUAGCAGAAUGUCCAUGUUGCUGUUUUCCAUAUGAACGGAAGUAGCUCUAAAAAUGACAAAAGUCAUAUAAUGGCUUUUGAGUGACAUACAGGCUAAAAUUUAAGUCGUUAUUCACUAAUAAUCUUCCCAUUUACCGAAGCUCUCAAAUUUAUUUCACAAUUUAAAUAUGUUGUGAGCAGUUACGCAAUAACACUUACAUUUUUAUGUCGUUAGAUUUUGACUAUGCGCCAAUGCGAAUGAGGCUUGAUAACUGCGGCAGAGGGUAACGUAUUCAUCAACAUUUAUAACAAAAUUAAAUAAAUUAUAUAUAUAUAUACAAGACGUAAACAAUAUAUGUGUUAACAUGAUUAUAGUGUGAUAACAUUGCUUACUAGCCUUUUCUGUGUUUCGUUGUAUACCUAAAACGACCGUAGAAAUGACGAUUUAAAGAAGCUGUAAGUGAUUUUUUUCAUGGAAAGGUAUGCAAAACUUUAUACUUCUCCCUGAAACAUAUUAAUUAAAUUAGUGUCGUGAGAUAUCUCACCUGUCUCUGUGACGGCUCUAGACUCUGUAAACGGCAAACAAAAAUGUGUCCGCGUGUCGCGGACGAUGCCGCCUUCUGGCUGUCAAUCAUUUUGCGUGUUCUCGUAGUAUUAUUGUUGCAGUGAAUUACUGAGGCUUAAUGCCAUUUUUAUGCCAUGUUGCUCAUAACAGUUGCCAGUUGAGGGCACUACAACCGUUUCUGCUCAUGUCGGUGUCGAUAAAGCUCAUUUGGUAUCUUUGGAGUGCAGGGUUUUUGGGGGGGAAAGGGGCGAGGCUUAUCCAACGGCUCAUUUUGACAGCUUGUGGAAAUUCUAGAAUGGCUAAAAUCACUUGCAGCACCUUUAAACAACUUUACAGCUCAUAUAAUACACACGUUUUAACAGAAGAAUUAAUGUAAGUGCUUUUAUAAAAUUACAAGCUUCACAUUUCUGCCUUUAAAAGGACUAAUUAAUUAAUCAACAUAAUACAAAAAAAAAAAAAAAAACUUUUGAUUGAGCUUAACGCGUAUGGAAUCCGGAACAUUCCUGUAAUGACUUGUUGGACUGUUCCUCACACAAAGCUAUCAUAUGGCUUCUGAAGACUUGAAAUAUAGCGCACAAGUCAAGGUUUUUUAUGGUGCUUUUUGUCAUUUUUGGGCUUGAUAACCAUAGUUUCUAUCUACUUCAGUUUUAUGAUGAAAAAAAUAAAAUAAAAAGUUUGUUCUGUGGAACACAAAUCAUUCUAAGUCAUAUGGGUUUGGAACAACAUGAGGGUGAGUAAAUGAUGACCAUGAUCUCUUAAGGCACAACAACACUUGAUUCUAAAGGAAAUAUAUGUAAUUUUUCAUGACUAAGCCUGCAUUGAGAAGAACGACUUGAAAAUUGAACUUGACGUGAAAAGUUUGGUGUUAAAAAAACGCACCUCUUUAUAUCUUGUACACUGUAUUUAUGACAACCGACCUUUGAUGGAUAUUCAGUUAGUCUCACAUACUCGAUUAAUACUACUGCCCUUCUUUAACUCCAUGCGUCCAUCCGAAUAUGCAAGAUGUAAAUAUAGUUUCUACUGUAUAAUGUAUUUUCUUUUUGUUCAAUAGACAGCUCUGUGGGUGUGGCUAGUUAUAUUUUGUCAUCUGUUUUGUGUUUUGUUUUUCAAUGUGACUCAAUUAAAUUUUAAUUCAGGUUUAUUUGUAUGCGCUUUUAACAGUAGAAAUUGUCUUGAAGCAACUGUACAGGGUUUAUGGUUUAUAGUCCUUUCAUUUUAUUUGAUUUUAUUUAAUAUCACCGUCUCUUAAGAAUGUUUUUCAGGACUGACGUCUCAUUUGUCUGACAUUUGAAGUGUAUUGACAAUCUAAAUAGCAAGUUCUCGGUUACUCUGCAAAUUACGACAAUUCAAAUGUGCAUUCUUGGAAGGCCAAAAAUUAUUGGAUAUAUUUUGAAGUAGCUGUUUGAUGGCUCCAUUUCAUUAGAUGUUUAUUUUUACUUUGAUCCAAAAAGGAAACCUAUGUCAGCAUGUUAUCUUUAUGUGGAACACUGGAUUGAUUUUAUUUAAAGAGAUAGUUCACCCUAAAAUGAACAUUCUGUCAUUAUUAACUCACCCUCACGUUGUUCCAAACCCUUUCUUCCUUCUGUGGCAGAAUGUUGGCCUCAGUCACCAUUUCAUUGCAUAGAAAAAAAAGAUGCAAAAAAAGUGAAUGAUGACUGAGAUUAUUCUGCCUAAUAUCUGCUUUUAUGUUCCAUGGAAGAAACAAAGUCAUUUGGGUUUGAAACUAAAUGAGACGAGUAAAUUAUAUAUGUUUUUAUUUUGGGAUUAAUGAUCCCUUGAAGUUUUAACACUACUGAAAAAGAGUACACUAACAUGCUGCUAAUCGUAAAAUCUUCUGUCAGUACAGUACAUAACAUUUAAAUGGGGGGGGAGAAGAGAACUCUGAUUUUACCAGUAUGUGUUGAUGCUGUUAAAACGAGUGCUUUUUCAGUCAUUUUUCAAUUUUUUUCUAAUUCAGAGUGUGUACAUAUAUUUAUAGCUUCAUGGAAAAAUGGUCGUCUGCUUGGCUGGAUUUAGGGUAAAUAAAUGACACUUUAUCCAUUUCACAUAGUGGAGAACCCCAGCUGGAUAACUAUUAUGACAAUACGAUUAUGGCCAUGCAAAGUGUCACUGUCUUGAAUUAUCACAAGGAAAAGUUUCCUCUAUCUUCUGUAACCUUUGACCUCACAACCCACAUGUAAUCUGAGUGUAAUUCCCAAAUCCAAAUGGAGAGACUUUAAAGGAAUUUCAGUUUUUCAAUCAUGUACAUGUUCAGUAGUAAUAAAAACCGAUUUUCCUACAUAUGACUCUUCAUUUUGCUUCCAAUAUGCACUUUAGUCAAUAAAAUACUGUUUUACUUUAAAACCAAAAGAAUAAAAAAAUAGAAAAUGAAGCCAUUUUUACAUUCUCACUUUAUUUUAAUGACAGUUUAGCACAUUUUACCCCCCAGUUCUCAUUAAUGCAACGCAAAUAAGGAGGUCAUCACAACGUUCUCAUUACCGAAAUGUGAAAACAAUGAUAUUUCAAUUGUAAAUACUUUAUACAUCAUAAUAGUACUGCCUUGCAUGUUGUACUGUUAUGGUAAAAAGAAUCAUCACUGACAAUAAUGCGAAUAGUAAAAGUACACUGUAAAAAAAAAAAAAACGCUUUACAACUAAAGGCAGCUGUGGUUGCCAAGCAUUUACCGUGAAAAAUACAGUAACCGUGUUUCAGGCUUUACGGGAUGUAAUUUUAAUGUCUAUAUUUUAUCUUCAUCUUAAAAAAAAAAACUAUUUUUACAACAUUUUACUGUAAAAUUACAUGUAUCGUCUUGUUAAAUGUAUUCUUUUAUACCGUAUAUUUUAAGGUAGCCACCCGUUAACCAAUUAACGUUUUUUUACUGUUGCAUUUUUACAGUCGUUUACUGUUAAAAUUAUGGAAAUGUUUUACAGUGUACGCGUUACUGUAAUGAGAAUUGGGUGGUAAAAUAAAAAUAGUUGCAAUGCAAAAAUCUUGGUCCUAAUUGUUGUAAUCAAUUUCGUUAUGCAAAAUAUAAUUGAUUUAUUUUAUUUUUUUGUUAAUGAUUUGAAAUAUCUCUGAUUCAAUACAAGCUCAAUUGUCAGCAUUUGUGGCAUAAUGUUGAUUACAUCAAAAAUUUGUUUAGAGCUAAAACUCCGGGUUACAGUGAGGCACUUACAAUGGAAGUCAGUAAAUUUAAAUACUGUUUCUAAAGUAUAGCCACAGGACGUAAACAGUAUGCGUGUUAAUAUAAUAUUAGUAUGAUAAAAUCACUAUCAACCUUUCUUGUUUAAAGUUAUAUCCAAUUUAACAACUUCCUUGCCAUGACAACAUAAUACCGUAAAACUUUGGUAUCAAAUGUCACAUCAUUAUGUAUUACUAUUUAUUUUAUUUAUUAGAAUUACCAGGCUAUAUUAUUAUAAAGUUUACAACAGCAAGUGAUAAUGUGAGCUAACUUGGAUCCUUAAAUUGAGCAUAAAUGGAGGUUGCAUUAUGAUUGAUUUGUUUUAAUAAUUACAAUAACACGUGACGUGUUUGUGAGAAAUUAAAACAAAACAUUUGACAAACUGAAUACAUUUUAUUUUGCUCAUGCAUUGAAUAAAACAUCUUUGACAUGAGAGAAUUAGAAAACAGUUUUGGUGUAUUUACAUUUCAGCCAUUUGAGUCAUAAAAAGUAUUACAGAGAGAGUAAAACCAGCUAAAUAUAUUACAUUAACAUGGUGAAACGAUCUGUUUCCCAUAUCAAGUCUGGCUACAAUGUAAAAAAAGUUCACACAAAAGUGCGAGCCGUCCAAAAGUGAGCCAGAAGUGGGAGUUUCAUUACAGCUUUGCUCAAUUUGCUCAUUGAUUUUCCUAUGUACACUGUCUCUUUGUUGAACUUCCCACUUUACAUCUAUAAAAACACGAUAUACUUCAAUGUCGACACAUUUACGAAGGUUGUUUUAGCCGUUUAAUGAGUGUGGAUCUUGAAGCAAAUAAAGUCAAGUGAAAUCAGUAGCAACAUUUCAAGCUGUAACUAUAAAUGAACACUUCUGCAGUGUUAAACCCUCUGUAACUUUUGAAAAACAUGAGCAUUGAUACUAACGUGUCUGAGCCAAAGCAAUAAAGAGCUAAAUUUCUGCUUGAUAUAUGAAUAAUAAUACAGCGCAACGGUCUGGAUUUGGUGGUAAAAAUCCCAUUUACCUUGUUACACUUGUGCUGUUCCUGGUCAAAAAUGACCGGCCAUUGAAAAUGAAUGGGGGAGAUGAAAAAUAAGAGAAAAAUUUAGUGUUCAGGAGCAUGUUCAUGUUCACAUAUGUGCAUGUGUGCUUACAAACAUAAAGGUCUCGGAACUGUGCACACACACAAACACACAUAUGCUCAGGUACACGCACAAACUCAUUUGAGUAUUACAUGCUUUCUUUUUCACAGAGAUGAAUCUUACCCUGAAAUUCAUCCAACAUCCAUCCAUCAUUACCACACACACAAACAUGCAUGCACACACACACCAGAACUGUCUUUGCCCCACAGUGACCACUCUCCAAUAGAAUCAAUAGAAUUGUGGUGUUCCCGGUCAAAGAUGACCGGCCAUUGAAAAUGAAUGGGGAAGAUCACAAAAAACAGGACUUUUAUUUUGAAGUGCUUUUAUUUUCUAUAAUAGUACAGAAUGUUUUCAUAUUUUAUAUAAUAUUGCCAAAAUUAUUCACAAAUAAUGCUUUUUUCACUCAAAAACAGAGGUGCAUAAGCUCAGGUCAAUGAGGCCAACGAUCAAUAAGCUCCAAAAAGAAAUACAAAACCUGUGCGAAUUGAAAGAAAACAAGUUGGCAAAAAGAUCUAAUCCAAUAUUUGGUAAUAAUAUAGCAUAUUGAGAGAUUUAUAAGCUAUUUUUAUAGGCCGGUCAUUUUUGACCGGGAA